AUGUCGCCGGCGCCGCACUCGCGCCAGAUCAGCCACGUCAGCGCCAGCGGCGGCAUUGCGCCGGAGCCGCGCUCGCGCCAGACGAGCGGUGGCGGAGGGAUCCUGGCUGGCAUCGCCAGCCUGCUUGGCGGCGGCGGCGGCGGCCACAAGACCUCCUCCUGGCUGGGAGGCGGCCACAGCAGCCACGAGCACUAUGGCCACGGCGGCAUGUCGCACUCGGGCAUCCCCGAUCCGGACGCCAUCAACGGCCAGAGGGAGGCGUACGUUCACUCCCUGGACCAUCAGAAGUCCGAGGCGUUGAGGCUCCUGGAGACGCAGCGGGACCAGCAGGUCGACUUCGUGGAGCAGGCGAAGCGGGCGCAGAUCCAGCGCCUGAAGAGCGAGAUCGCGGAGAAGGCGCACCACCACGAGCACCACAUCAAGCAGGUCCACAAGGAUGCGGACCUCCAGCGGAAGCGCGCGGUGGAGGAGAUCGAGGAGAAGAUCCGGGAGCAGGAGUUGGCCCUCCAGGCCUACCAGCACCAUGCCCACGCCCAGAAGCUGAAGCUCCAGAGGGAGAUCGACGAGGCGGAAAGAGACAAGGAGAAGGCCCUGAAGGAACACCACGAGGAGAUCGAGCACGAGACCCACCACCUCAUCCACGAGAUCGAGGAGAAGGCGAGGCAGCAGGAGAUGGCGCUGCGGCAGAAGUACUCCAACCUGCAGAUGGCGCUGGAGAAGCAGGUGCUGGAGAAGAAGGUCAACCUUGAGAAGCAGGCGGUCGACCUCGCCAUCGAGUGGAAGAACGAGAAGGCGCACGAGGAGGUGCACCACCACUGGCUCAACAAGCAGCCGUCCGUGUGGAAGUAUUUCCCAGACUACGCGGCGCCGAUCGACAUCCGGCAGACGCCCGCCAUCAACGGCCCGAGGAGCGGCUGCCAGCUGACGCCUGGCGAGGUCUUCCGGGUGUCGAAG